AUGUGGCACAACCUCUGGGAUGAGUGCACAAGCCCUCUUCUUGCCCAGGUUGAUCGUUUUGUCCUCUUCGGCGACCUGCAUGUAAGCGAUGCGACAUUACCUACCUGCCUGGAUGCCCUUUCUCUUGUGCAGCAAGCUUGCAAACGCCACAGUAGCUCUGUUGGCACAGGCAAGCAGAAAGAGCUCACAGCUGUCGCUGCUCCAUCCGGAGAAGGCAUUCAGAAGUUGCAGGAAAGGCCUGCCGCUGCCGUGUUUUUGGGGGACUUUUGGCACUCGCGUGUCGAGAGGCAUCUGCAUUGGGGCCUCCUCAGACCUGUUCUUGAGUUCUGGGAACAGUGGGACAUUCCAGUUGUGAUGCUGCCCGGGAAUCAUGAUCAACUGUCUUACGAAGCAGGGCGGGACUUGCUGCAACCCCUGGAAAGAGCUGCUUCUCGAAGUCCUCUGGUAUUGGCGUUGAGACGGCCAACUCUGAUCAACAAAGAGCUGUUGUUCUUGCCGCAUAUUCGUGAGACCAGCAAACUGGAACGAAUCAUGCUCCAGGCUAAACAGUGCAAGACACUUCGCGCUGUUUUCGGUCACCUGAGUGUUCGUGGAGCCUCUUUAAGCCCCUUUGCUGAGGAAGGUGGGGCUCUACUGAACGAUGGCAUAGACAUUGAUCUACUGCCAGAUGUCCAUGUAUACUCUGGCCACAUACAUACGCCGCAGCUCGUCGGCAAACAGGUUCGCUACGUGGGUUCACUCUACCAGACAUCUCUCGCGGAGGCAUAUCAGCGCAAGUGCCUUUAUACCAUUUCUAGAUCGUGUGGCUUUGGAGUGGUAGAUGUACAAGAAUCCGCCGUUGGUCCGAGGCACUUCCCGCUGAGGGAUCCGCGACUCCUGCCCUCACCGAAAGCUCUGCGCCGUGGGGACAGAGUUAUUUUGCUACCGAGAAUCCCAGCUGAUUCGCCCUGCAGCCAGACUGCUGCUCCAUCGCCAACUCUUGAUGGUAGUGGAGGGCAGCAACCAACACAGCAUGACACAGACGGCACUGCAGGAUCGACGCAGAAGUCAUAUGCAGCUUCCGCAGAUGUAGAAAAUUCCAUGCUCAAGAUAAUGCCUGGGCGCGACCACGCCAAUACCAGCUGCGCUCAGUCCUUCAGCUCAGCUUUGGAAGGAGAUAAUGGGUCAGACACCACCUUGAAUGAGCCGUGGAUGAGCAGGAACAGUGAAUUGAAUGCGGAGCAGCUUCUCCAAAUAUCUGAAGCCUACAGAGAGGCCGGCAUAUUGUUCGACUGCCGCAUCAGCCCGCUUGCAUCUACUCCCUCACUUUCACAGCAAGCAUCUGUCGAUCUAGGGAAGGAACAUCAGCAAAAUUCAACCCCACUGAACACUGGGUCACAAGACCUCACCAAUUCUGUUACCACGCGUACACAGAAUGCCUCUGCUGGGGUAUUCAGCGCUGCCGAAAAACAGACGAUCACGAAUACCGCUUUGCAUUCCUCUGCUAGUUUUGACCAUCUGCUGCCAGAUGCCCUCACAUCCCCCUUAGGGCUCCUCGUGCACCAUGGACUAAUACCCGUGGAAAACCGCCCGCCACGCGAGGCGCUGCGUGUGUAUGCUGAUCAAGUCGUGAAGGAUGGCUCUCAAAGCUUCAGCAAACAGGCCUUGGAAGCAGCCGAUGCGAUACUUCGGGAGCAGCUUGAAGGCGCUUCUACGGAUGGGGCUGAAAGGGCUUUCUCCUCUAAUACAAUGACAAAUGGAGCAUGGCCACAUGGCAGCGCAGACCUGGUGCUACAUCAUGCACGUGUCCAGUCCUUUGGACCCUACAGUGGCGUCGUUCGAUUCGACCUGCGCCAACGUGGUUUGGUUUUCAUCGAAGGAACCAAGGAUGCCAAAACAAGGGGAAGAUUUGUUUCUGCAAACGGCGCUGGUAAAUCAACUAUGAUGCAAGCCGUCCUUUGGGCACUCGUAGGUGACUCAGUGUGUAGCGGUUUCACGGCUGUUGCGGGGAGACCCAAAGUAACAGGUGUUGUUUGCGAUGACGUGCCACACCCUUCCAGCUCGACCUGCGAGGUAGCGGACAGCUGCACGGGUGACGGAGGAAACACCGCUUCAGGGGAGGGGGAGUCGCUCCCUUGCCUUAGCGCCGAAGAUCGUUUCGCGUCUGUUGAACUUGAAGGUGAAAUCAAUGGAGAGUCAUUUUGUGUGCGGCGAAGACGUUGGCGUUCGGGGCGCUCCGAGUUGACGCUGCAGGUUGGGGGCAGGGACAUGACAGCUCAAAGCGCCGCAGACACGCAACGAGAGGCAUUGCUGACACUCCUUCUCCCACUUGACAUUUGGACGGCCGCGACAGGAGCAGUGCGCACAAAGCAGCGGAUGCUGAGCAAGGCAGCUGAGUCCCUUGACUUGGUGGCGGCAGUCAGAGUAAGAGACCUUCGGCGUCUCGUAGGCAAAAGAAGACUUUUAUCUUUCCCGAAUACGCUGAAGGCAGGAUUGCCUGCUGGCGCGCCUUGCGGAGAUACUGGUUCUGACUCUACUGCGAAACCUUCUGGCGUAGCUGUGGACUCUAGAGAAGACGCAUGUAACCCUGUUCUUCCCGACUCACGUGGGGAUAGGCCGACGCUUACGCAAGCAAGAAGAUUGCAGAGGCUUAUUUCACUGCUGCGUUCCAGGGCAGCGUUCUAUACAUCUCAGAAAGCAGUGCUUGAGGAGGUGGAGCAGCACCUUGGUCCCCAAGGUAUUCAGCGCCAUUUGCUUGCAGAGAGAACCAUCCAGCAAGCGUCGAACGGGCAGCGGCAAUUGCUCGGCUUGUGUCUGUACCUAGCAUUUGUGAUUAUCCUUAAGCGUCGCGCUGGCCUCCGAUGCAAUGUUCUCCUCCUAGACGAGCCCUUUUUGUCGCUUGAUCGCGUAAACGAGGUCUCCGUCCUCGCAAGUGGCGACAUAUUCUUGAUGCCGUGGACACUAUCGCUAUUCAUAGUAAAUCUGGGCAUCGUAAUAUUAGUACGUCUGUCUUUUUAA